AUGAUAGCAAGUUUGACUAAUAAAAAUUAUCUUAGAUCAUUACAAAAUUCCAGGAUAAAAAUUGGGCUCCCGCGCGGCCCCCUUCGACUCCCGUUCAUCGGUCACGUCCACUUGCUACGAGCUCCUCUCCACCACUCUCUCGCCCGCCUCGCCGAUCGCCACGGCGACGACCUCUUCCUCCGCCUCGGCUCUCGCCCUGUUCUCGUCAUCUCCUCCCCCGCCACCGUGGAGGAGUGCCUCGCCAGCCACAACCUUUCCUUUCUCAACCGCCCCCUCCUCCUCUCCGGAAAACACCUAAACUAUGACGGCACCACCCUUGCCGUGGCCCCCUAUGGCCCUAGCUGGCGCAACCUUCGCUCCAUCGCCACCCUUCAGCUGUUUUCACUGGCCAGCUUGUCCAGGCUUGCACAUAUACGCGCUGCAAACGUCCGAUCGCUACUCCGGGGCCUCUUCUUCCACUCCCGCUCUGAAGAGCGUGGGUUUGUGCCGGUGAGCAUGAGGACGAGCUUCACAGAGCUGACGUUGAAUACUUUGCAGGAGAUGAUCGUCGGAAAGAAGUGCAACGGGGGGUCAGCGGAAACAGAAUGGUUAGACGAGGAGGGCAAAAGUUUUGCGUUCGUUAUCAAGAAGGCUUUUCGUUUGAGCGCGGCAACGAGCCCUGAGGAAUUCCUGCCAUUCUUGAAGUGGAUAGGGUUGAACGGACUUGAGAAGCAGCUGAUAAGGAUGCGGAAAGAGGUGGAUGUUUUGUUGCAGGGGAUGGUGGAUGAGAGGCGAAAGGGGAUGAGGACGGAGAGGAAUGAUGCAAACAAGACUCUCGUCGAUGUUAUGCUCUCCCUUCAAGAGGAGGAUCCUCAGAACUACACGGAUAAUAUCAUCAAAGGAAUGAUAUUGGUUCUCAUAUUUGCUGGGUUUGAUACCUCAAGUGUAACCAUGGAGUGGGCGAUGUCACUCCUCCUCAACCAUCCUGAGGCCCUGAAGAAGGUUCACGAUGAGAUAGAGACUCAUGUGGGGCAUCAGCGCCUGGUGAUUGAUUCCGACCUCCCUCAGCUUCGCUAUCUCAACAAUGUCAUCCGAGAGACCCUCAGGCUGUUCCCACCAGGGCCACUUCUGGUUCCACGCGAGUCAACAAUGGAGUGCAGCAUAGGAGGCUUCCACGUCCCGCGAGGCACCAUGUUGAUAGUCAAUGCCUACAAGAUGCACAGAGAUCCCGCGUUGUGGACGGAUCCCGCAGAGUUCAAGCCGGAGAGGUUCGAGAGCGGAGAAGGAGAAGGGUACAAGUAUGUCCCCUUUGGGGUUGGAAGAAGACGAUGCCCAGGGGAAGCAAUGGCUAUGAAGGCUGUUGGACUAGUGCUUGCGUCGCUGGUCCAGUGCUUUGAGUGGAAGAGACUCGGAGAGGAGGAGGUGGAUCUCAAUGAAGGCGAGGGGCUCAGCAUGCCCAAAGCCAUUCCCUUGGAGGUCUUGUGCAAGCCACGCCAAGCCAUGAUGGAUGUCUUACCACAGCUUUGA